AUGCAAGUUGAUGAGGUUGUAGGUCAUAUUAAGAACUAUGAGAUGAAGUACUAUGGAAAUUCCCUAAAACCUAAAGACUUAGCCCUAAAAGCUUCAAAGUCUGAUUCUUCCAAGUCUGAGGUUAGGUAUGAUAGUGAGUCUGAUGAAGAAAUUGCCCUCAUAACUAGGAAAUUCAAAAUUUUGAUCAAGUCUGAAAAGAUUAAUGUAUUUAAGAAAGGGGGAGAGUCAAGGUUUAGGAAUAGAGAGUUUCCAUCUAAGGGAAGUGAAAGACAAGAUAAAAGGAGAGAAGAGGAGUCUAAAGGAACUGCGAUUAAAUGUUGGACAUGUGGUGGUAUAGGUCAUACAUCAACAGUUUAUUCAAGUCCUAAAAAUAGCUUUGUUGCUAGGAAAGAGUCCAAAGAUAAAAAGAAGGAUAAAGAAAUGAAUGUUUCAGUUUCUAAAGAUAAAAUUGCUUCUUUUUCUGAUGAUUCUUCUAAUGAUGAUGAUAAACCUCUUGCUUUUGUUGUUUUUGUGAAUAAUGAUGCUUCUAAUAGAUUGUUUUUGUCUGACACAGAUGACUUGGAUUUUGAUGACAUAGCAAAAUCUAAUGAUGAAGAUUGUUACAAGGAAGCAACAAAGGAAAAUUAUGAUAAAGCCUUCAAUGAAUUGUAUGUUACAUAUGUUCAAACAAAGAAAGGUUUCAAUAAGCAAGCUAGAGAAUUGAAAGAAGUUGAGAAGCAAAGAGAUGCUCUGAAGAAGGAAAGUGAACGGAAAAAGAAGGAGAUUGAAGAUCUUCAUGGAAAGAUAAGAUUCCUAGAAGGUGAGGCUUAUAGACGGAUGCCUUUUGGUUUGUGCAAUGCACCCGCCACAUUCCAAAGGUGUAUAAUGUCAAUUUUCUCAGAUAUGGUGGAAGAGUAUCUAAAGGUCUUUAUGGAUGAUUUUUCUAUUUUUGGGUCCUCAUUUGAUCCAUGUCUCAAAAGCUUAGAUCUAGUGCUUAAGAGAUGUCGUGAAACCAACCUUGUACUUAGCUGGGAAAAGAGCCAUUUUAUGGUUCAAGAGGGUAUUGUUUUGGGUCAUGCUGGCUUUUACAGCCGUUUUAUCAAAGACUUUAGCAAAAUUGCUCGACCCUUGUGCAAUCUUCUUGCCAAGGAAACUCCUUUUGUCUUUGACCAAGCAUGCCUAGACGCUUUUCAUAAAUUGCGUGAAUUGUUAUCAUCUGCUCCUAUCAUGCAACCUCCAAAUUGGUCAUUGCCAUUUGAGAUCAUAUGUGAUGCUUCUGAUUAUGCCAUGGGGGCAGUUUUGGGACAAAGAAUGGGUAAACUACCUUAUGCCAUAUACUAUGCAAGUAAAACUUUCUCGGGAGCUCAAUUGAAUUACUCCACUACUGAGAAAGAAUUACGUGCCGUAGUAUAUGCUCUUGAUAAAUUUCGCUCUUAUCUCUUAGGGUCCAAGGUUGUUGUUUUUUCUGAUCAUACCCCCUUGAGGCAUCUAUUGACAAAAAGGGAAACAAAACCUAGGCUAAUUAGAUGGAUUUUGCUUCUUCGGGAAUUCCAUUUUGAAAUCAAGGAUAAGAAAGGCACCGAAAAUGUGGUAGCCGAUCAUAUUUCUAGGGAUACAUGGGGCAUUGAUUUUAUGGGUUCAUUUCCUAUGUCCCAUGGUUUUCAAUACAUUCUUCUUGCCGUUGAUUAUGUUUUCAAGUGGGUGGAAACAUGUGCUACCAAAACGAAUGACCACUCCGUGGUCAUUCAAUUCAUCAAAUCCAAUAUCUUUGCUCGUUUUGGUAUGCCAAGGGCUAUAAUAAGUGAUGGAGGAAAAUAUUUUUGCAAUCAAUUCUUGAGGCACUUAUUUCUUAAGUACUCCAUCACUCAUAAGGUAGCCACUCCCUACCAUCCUCAAACAAGCGGGCAAGUUGAAGUGUCUAACCGGGAAAUUAAGCAUAUUCUUGAGAAAACGGUUAACACCACCCGUAAAGAUUGGUCAAGAAAGCUAAAUGAUGCUUUAUGGGCUUAUCGGAUGGCAUACAAGACUCCCAUUGGCAUGUCUCCUUAUAGACUUGUAUAUGGAAAGCCUUGC